AUGCUCAACUUCUCAAUUCUCAUCAUGCUGCUGUUUACGGCAUCCACGAUCUCCGCGUCACCAGCCGCCCUCCACACUGGGUUCCAACAAAAGAGCUUGGAGCACAUCAACUCCUUCCGCAGUCGAUUUGCGAAUGCAGCUCAGAUUGCUAACAUGCAAAAAAUUAGAUAUAAUCGUACCUUGGAAGCCACAAUCCAGAACUUCACAUCAAGCUGUGACCUUCUGGACGACAUGGAGGAUAUGCCCACCUAUGCUAUUCUGGACAAAAACUUUAUCGACAGUCACAUUCGGCAGACCGAAAUACAUCAAGAUCAUCUUGAGGUAUACGAAUCUGCACACCUCUUCUUCUAA